AUGAGCACCCCCCCCACUUGCGUGUUCUUUAAGCGCUGCCAGAAGAAAAACAUCAGGAAUAAGAAAGGUUUCUUAUUUGUUUUGACGUUUCAAGAUUCUUCAAGCAGCGAAGAAGAUGUUUCCAUUGUCAAAAAGCAAAAGAAGUCCGGGUCGAACCCAUUAGUACAAGAGGUAAUGUCCGAUUUGGCAUAUUUUUACAGACUGAAAACUUCCGUAGAGCAAAUAGAGAGCAAAAUCCAUCUAUUUAUGAUAAAUCUGAAGAGAUAUUGGAAUCAAGGUGCCACAAGAAUAAUACAAAUAGACGAGGAGACCAAAAAGGCAGCACCCAAGAACGAAAAUGUAGACUCAUUUAGUUUUAUUCCUCCAAAGAAAUCUACAAGCGAUAAAGUGUACAAGGGACUUAGCGGAUAUGCAUCCUUUGUCGCAUCUAAACGAGAUGAACGAGGUAGUGGUUCCAGUGGUUACAGUGCCAAAGGGCCAAUACGAGCUCCGCAAAAUAUCAGGUCAACUGACUAUAAAGAAACUGGCUUCUGCAGCUUUGGAGACAGCUGUAUAUUUUUACAUGAUCGGUCAGAUUACAAGCAUGGUUGGCAAAUCGACAGAGAGAUUGACGAAGGAACUUUUGGAAUAGAUGGCAGUGACAAUCGGUAUGAAGUUUAUGAUGGGGGUUCAGAUUAUGAAGAAGAAGAGCAUAUCCCUUUCAAAUGCAAGCAUUAUUUUUGCAGCGCGUGUGCAAUAAAGCGAUACCAAAAGACUGCUCGUUGCUAUGCCUGUACUGAGGACACAAGGGGCUUUUUCAAAAACGCGAAGGAUCUUAUAGAUAAGAUAAGGAAAUUGAAAAAAAGGUUGAAGUCCUCUGGCUCAAGCGAUGAUGAGAACAACUCCGAUGCUGCGCAUUCUGAGCAUGAAUGCUGUGAGGACGACACCAAGAUUGAAAACUCUUCAGAUAAAUGUUCCUGCCUUGAAGCAUGCAAUGAGUCUGAUUCUUCUGAUGCAAAUGAUGUUGUUCAAUCACAGAAAUUAUUGGGUGCCAAACCAGAAGCUCCGGAAUUCUGCAAUACAGACGAAGAGUCUAGCGAUUAA